AAACUUCAUAAUUUUUGAACUGUAAUGAACAAAAUACAUUAUAUGUUGGAUGUUAGAUCUAUAUUUUAUUUUGUUUAUGGUUAUACCAAUAUCAGUAAAUUUUUACUGUUUGAAAUUAGCCGGAGAUGUAAACAGUGUUAUGUGAAUUCGUAUAGUAAUUUUAGCAAUGUUAAUCGCAUGUAGAAUCUUUAUAAAUAUAAUGAGUACAUGGAAAUUAUUACAGCGUCGCUGUUACGACUUACUUUCAUAUAAAUAUUCGCUACUGGUGAUAUUAACAGCGUUUACUUGCAUAUUUAUUGGUAUUGUUCAUUUUGGUGAGAUGUGGAUAACUUGGAGUAAAGAGAAGUAUGAAGCAGUGUUCCAUUCUUUCAAUGACAAUAUAUUAGGUAUUUCUUUCCAAAAAAAACUAUGCCAACAUGUUCCAAUAGAUGUUGUAUAUACAUGGGUCAAUGGCUCAGAUCCAGUCUUUGUAAAAAAUCUUAAAGAGCAUGUUUCUGUUAUGGAUGUUAACACAGCUACUUCCAGAUUUAGUGAUAAAGAUGAAUUAAGGUAUUCAUUACGUUCAUUGGAAAUGUACGCACCUUGGGUGAGACAUGUAUAUAUUGUUACAAAUGGUCAAAUACCAAGUUGGUUAGAUAUGGAUAAUCCUAAAGUCACACUUAUUACUCAUGAAGAUAUAUUUUUAAAUAAAAGUGAUCUUCCAACAUUUUCUAGUCCAGCUAUUGAAAGUCAUAUUCAUAGAAUUCCUGGUAUUUCAGAUAAAUUUUUAUAUUUUAAUGAUGAUGUAAUGUUAGGAGCAGAAGUAUGGCCAGAAGAUUUUAUUACACAAGCAAGUGGUCAAAAAAUAUAUCUUGCAUGGUGGGUUCCUGAUUGUUCAGAUGUUUGCCCUUGGGCCUGGGUGGGUGAUGGGUCAUGUGAUCCUGCUUGUAAUACAACAUUAUGUGAAUUUGAUGGAGGAGAUUGUGAUAGCACACCAGUUCCUACUGAUAGUGAAGCUCUCGAGGAAGAAGGAGACUAUCCACACAAACUUCUACAAAAUCCUUUAGAAAAUACUAACUAUGGAUUAAAAUUUUUAAAUAUAUUGAGAAACAGAAGUAUAAAUACUAUAUGGAACGAUGCAGAAUCAUUUAUUCAACAAACGUCACCAAGUGUGAUCGCAAACUCAAAACUACAUAAAUUGAUGCUGUCAAAAGUGAUGAGUAAGACAAGAUAUCAAACGUUGAACAUUACUGAAAGACGUUUACAACUGAAACGUUAUUUAAACGAUGAUGUUAUGAAUUUAUCUCAAGUUAGUAGUACUAUAAACGUUAAUCAUAAAUCAACCCAUUCUGAUCAAUGGAAACUUAGAACAAGACAACUUGAUACAUACGCUGAAUCUUUAUUAUAUGUGAACAAAAUAUAUAAUAUGGCAUAUGGUUUCGAACGUAGGAGAGUACCUGCUCAUAUGCCUCAUUUAAUAGAUAAAUGGAUCGUUUCUGAUAUGCAACAAAAAUUUGAACAUGAAUUUAAAAAAACAUCUAGCCAUAAGGUUAGAAACUCUGAGGAUAUGCAAUAUGCUUUCUCUUAUUUUUACUUUCUAAUGAGUGAAAAACGGAAAAUACCCAUUGAAAAAAUAUUUGAUACAUUUGACACGGAUAAAUCAGGCACUUGGUCAGACAGAGAAAUUAGGACUCUUCUAUCUAGACUUUAUCCACUUCCUCUUGAUUAUAAUCUAGUCGUUGAAUUUGAGAAUGCAAUAACGAAUUGCUCAAAUCAUAUAAAAGUUAAUCAAAUAUUAAAUCCACCAUCUGGAGAAAGAUAUUUGGAUUCAUCUCUUCCAACAGUAACUAAAGAACUAGUAACAAAAUGCGAAUCUAUUUCACGAAAGGUUGGAAGCAAAUUCGGUGAAGAAAAACUCUACCCACACGAAAUAAUUAAAGCUGGAAAAAAUGAAAUAUUCGAAAUGUUAACGAGCAACGUGUCUUUAACUGUACAACUUUUAGACGAGAUACGCAGAGAUCCAAAAAAAUUUAUUUGUUUAAAUGAUGAUAUGGAUCCUCUUCGACAUUCUGAAAACGAGAUAGUUCGGGCAUUAUUAAAUGACUUUUAUCGCUCACUCUAUCCAUUACGCAGUACUUUUGAAUUGCCUAUGCAAUAUCGAAAUCUUUUCACUGAUCGGCAUAAACUCCUUGAGUGGAGAACUAAUCGAACAAGAACCAGAAAUUUGUUGUUAUGUCUUAUUUUUUUAUUACUUGUUACAACUUUUUAUCAUUUAUUUUAUCAUCAAGUACGGCGAUUAUUUAGAAUACGUACAUUACCCACCUUGCUUGUGUAAAUUUGAGAUAUGAAUAACAAAAAUAGAAUGAUACAUAUUGAAACAGGGCAAUCUUUUCUAAAUGUUUUAUGAAAGAUAAAACAUGUGUAUAUUUGUAAAGAUAAUUCUUUUACAAAAUUUAUACUAUUUUAGCAGACAAUGCAUAUAUUUUGUUGCAUAUUUUACAUCUACAAGUCCAUCCACAAUUUAGAAUUAAUAUUUAAAGAAACAAAAUAUGAAUCUCUAUGUUUAUUCUAAAAAUUUUUUUUUUAAAUAAUGUUUGCUACUAAAAUGAAUAUACUUUAUAAAAUAUAAUAAGAUAUGAACAGAUGUUUAGUAUCGUGUUAAAAUUAAGUAAAACGUUCCUGUGAUAUUGAAGCAGUACUAAUUGUUUUUGUUUCUCUCUCCCUCUCUCUCUCGCCCCUCUCUCUUUUAAUAAAAUGAGAAGAUAGAUCUGAUAAAUUUUUUUCUAAGAUAAGUGUAUAAUAACGUAACAAUAUUACACUAAUAUUUGAAAAAUUAUACAUAUAAGAUUUUGAAAAUAUAUAACAAUUUUGAGGUGUUAUUAAUUUAUAAUAUUUUAAUACAUAUUUCUAUUGUAAUACAUAAUACAUUUUUUUACUCAUCCGGUUGACAAUUGUUCAGAUGUAAAAUGUACCAAAUUUGUACUUACUAUUAAAAUAUUAAGCACAUUAUCAUUAUAAUAAGUAAAAGAUAUCAUCGAAUAUCAUUGAAUAUCUUUUUAAUUUCUAAUUCUAUAUUUAUUUUGUAUUUUGGAACCAUGUAUAUAAAUAUUUAUAUACAUAAAUAUACUCAUCUAAAUAAAAAGUAUUUAAUGAUAUUUUAUAAAUUAUGAAACAUAUUAAUGUUUAUUUAGAUGCUGA